GCUAGGGCCGGGGUGAUGGCGAAGCUACUGAGCUGCGUCUUAGGUCCCCGGCUCUACCGGGUCUAUCGGGAGAGGGACCCAGGAAGGGCCCAGGCUAGCGUUCCCGGAACGCCAGCUGCCAUCACCACCUCCCCAGCUGGCUCCUGGGAGUCCUAUUAUCAGCCCCGGGCUCUGGAGAAACAUGCUGACAGCAUCCUGGCUAUGGCCUCAGUCCUCUGGUCCAUCUCUUAUUAUACCUCUCCUCUGGCUUUCUUCUACUUGUACAGGAAAGGUUACUUAUGUAUGUCAAAGGUGGUGCCGUUUUCUCACUAUGCUGGGACAUUGCUACUCCUACUAGCAGGUGUGGCCUGUCUUCGAGGCAUUGGCCGUUGGACCAACCCCCACUAUAUCCAGUUCAUUACCAUUUUAGAAGAGACUCACAGGAAUAACUCCUUAGAGAAUAAGAGGCAACUGGCUGUUUACAAUUUUGAUUUUAAGAGCUGGCCUGUUGACUUCCAUUGGGAAGACCCCAGUAGCAGGAAGGAUUCUCAGCAUGGUCUCUCUCGCAGAGGUGUAUCUCUGCUUCGAACUGAACCACUACAUCGGGGGACAGCUGAUAAUUUCCUUAACCGGGUUAAGAAACUUCCCUGUCAGAUUGCCAGUUUUUUUGUUGCACAUACUCUGGGGCGAAGGAUGCUGUACCCUGGUUCUGUGUACUUGCUCCAGAAGGCCCUCAUGCCCAUGCUUAUGCAGGGCCAGGCUCGGCUCGUAGAAGAGUUUAAUGGUCGCCGAGCCAAACUGGUGGCCUGUGAUGGUAAUGAGAUUGACACUAUGUUUAUUGACCGGAGAAGCACACCAGAACCUCCAGGACAGAAGUUGGUGAUCUGCUGCGAGGGGAAUGCUGGAUUCUAUGAGGUUGGCUGCCUCUCCACUCCUCUGGAAGCGGGAUAUUCAGUCCUGGGUUGGAAUCAUCCUGGCUUUGCUGGCAGCACGGGGGUUCCAUUCCCUCAAAAUGAAGCCAAUGCCAUGGAUGUGGUGAUCCAGUUUGCUAUCCACCGCCUCAACUUCCAGCCACAGAACAUCGUGCUCUAUGCCUGGUCCAUUGGGGGUUUUACUGCCACAUGGGCUGCCAUGUCCUACCCAGAGAUUAGUGCCGUGAUACUAGAUGCUUCCUUUGAUGACCUGGUACCUUUGGCCCUAAAAGUCAUGCCUGACAGCUGGAGGACCCUUGUGACUCGAACAGUGAGACAGCACCUGAAUCUAAAUAAUGCUGAGCAGUUAUGCAGGUACCAGGGGCCAGUGCUACUGAUCCGGCGAACCAAGGAUGAGAUCAUCACCACUUCGGUUCCUAGCGAUAUCAUGUCCAACCGUGGCAAUAACCUGCUGCUGAAGCUUCUCCAGCACCGGUACCCCAGGAUAAUGGGGGAGGAAAGUCUUCGAGUGGUGAGGCAGUGGUUGGAGGCUUCCUCCCAGCUAGAAGAAGCCUCUGUAUAUAGCCGCUGGGAAGUGGAUGAUGAUUGGUGUGUGUCUGUUCUCCGAUCCUACCAGGCAGAACAUGGAAGUGACUUCCCCUGGAGUGUGGGUGAGGACCUUGGUACAGAUGAGCGGCGGCAGUUAGCCUUAUUUUUGGCUCGGAAACACUUACACAACUUUGAGGCCACCCACUGUACCCCACUUCCUCCCCAUGAGUUCCAGAUGCCUUGGAAGCUCUAGAAGAGAAAAACCUCAAGUGGGGUGAGGGGUUGGGGAGGGGUAUAUAGUGAAUGGGGAAUCCCUUUCUCUGUGAUAAUUCAUGUUCACAUUAUUGUUUAUUGUUUUGGGAAGAAAUUUUCUAUCCUUUUUUCCCCAUCUCUUGCAUAGCACGACUCCUGCCUCCCCAUCUCUGCUGCAUUCUCCUUUACACCCCAUUAAAUGAUCACAGACUAUUCAUAAUAAUAAAAGGUAUUUUUUCUA